AUGGGUAAACGCAAGUCCUCCUCCAAGCCUCAAGGCCCGAAGAAGCGCGAAGCUCUCGCCGUGGCCUUCAAGUGCGUCUUUUGCAACAACGAGUCCUCCGUGACCGUCAAGAUCGACAAGAAGCAAGGCGUCGGCAACCUCUCCUGCAAAGCAUGCAACCAGAACUUCCAGACCAGCGUUAACUACCUCUCUGUCCCUGUCGAUGUAUACUCAGACUGGAUCGACGCCUGCGACGCCGUGGCCAAAGAUACCUCCGACACCCGCGGUCCCGCUCCUCCGAGCUCCUCGAUGCGCCAACCGCAACCCCAUCCGAGUGCGCGCGCAGGUCUAGCUCCCGGCGAGAAGUACACGGCGGAAGACGAAGGGUUCAUUGAUGAUGACGACGCGGAUCCUGAGGCGGAUUUUGCUGAUGAUUGA